GUGAAGCAUAUUGCGGAAACGCCAGUUUUCUUACAGCAAAAAUUCCAUUUUUGUAACAAGCCAAACUCAAUCUUUUUUAUACUUACCGCAACUGGAUCAAAGAUGACGAUGGUAUCUAUGAUCUGGGAAAAAGAGAUGUCAAAAAUGCUGACGGCAUUCGAACACCAAGCCUUUCAGUCUUUGGUCAACAUAAAAUGGGAGUUAAACCGCAAUCGCUUAGAAUUCAACCCAACGUUCAAGCAGUACUUUUUACAUGCUUCCAAUGCUCGAUUGGUGGAAACGUACAAUCGAUUCGAAAUCCAUUCCCGAAUUGAAGACCAAAUGAUGGACCAACGUGAUGCAAAUAUUGCUCAAAACACAACUUCCUACCAAAUCAAAAACGAUUCAACCCAAUUCGGUGAUCGAUUGAGAAUCAGUGGACCGUUUCAAGAGAUCGUUUUGCUGGACACCGAUGAUUCAAGUGACGACGGAAGUAAUCUCGAGCUCGAUGGACAUGCAGCAGCGAUCGAUGAACUCGAUGAUAAGAUGUCUUCGUUUCAAUCCAACAUGGUUGAAAGUCGAGGAAGUUUUCCAGUUUCUGAUUACCGGAACGAAACUGAACAUGUGGUGAAAAGGGAAAACAUGGAACUGGACGGCAUACCAAGGAAUGAGGUUGAAGUGAAUCAAGAAAAUGGAGCAGCAGAAAAUGUGUUACAGUCUUUAGCACGGAAAUCACUACCAUCGAACCCGUUAAAGAUGAAGAAACACAAGUGCACACUUUGUGAAUAUUCCAGCAAUUACAAAGGGGAUGUUAAUCGACACAUGCGUACUCAUACUGGCGAGAGACCAUAUCGAUGUGAUAUUUGUUCCAAAGAAUCCACAACUAUGCAGUCCCUGAAAAAGCACAAGGUAACUCAUAUCAAUGAAAUCCCGUUCCAUUGCCGAGGGUGCUUCAAAGCAUUUUCACAGAUGGCCGAUAGAGAUGCCCAUGAAAAAGCAUAUGCCAACGCACAACGGCGAAAAACCAUUCCGAUGCGAGAUUUGUAUGGCGCGUUUUACGGCAAAAUCUAGUCUAAAGAAACAUUUGGACACCAUCCACACCACAAUCAAUGCAUAAAUUCAAUCGAAGAGCGACACUCAAAUGAAGAAACAUUUGGGGACCAUCCACGCCUGAAUGCAUUUCACACUUCCCAACUCAUGAUGUCAACCAAUUCAUAACUUCUAGAGCUUUUUUCCAAGAGCCUCUUUCACUAUUCAUUAACGAUAUUUCAAAAUUUAAUCCAUGGAACCCACUGGGUUGCUGCAAAACACGUAUCACUGGCGCCCUCACUGUAUUGCAUAGUGAAGUAACUCAAUAGUACGUGUGUGAAAUGUGAAGAUUUUUUCUCGCACGAACUAGAUGGCGCUAAUAACUAAGUGUCUUUGCAGCAA